CCCUUGUCUUAUUAGUUGGAACUACAAAAUUUUCAUCUAUAUAAGCUCAAACACCUCUCCAUGCAACAAACCCUAUUCAUUCUAUACUCUAUUUCAAUUCCACCAUGACGCAUCCCAUUUUGUUGCUUGGACUUUUGAUAGUAGCAUACUUUAGUGGUUCCCAAGCUGAAAAUGCCUUCUUACAGUACUGGGAAGAACAUAUUGGCAUUUUACAGCCCCCACAUCAGUUAGUUGCAAAGGCUUCUCCAUUAAACUCCCAUCAAGAAGCAACGUAUAUGAAACUUAUGGUGGAAAAUGAAUUGGCUUCCCACCUACCUUUGUUUUGUAAGCAGGCAAAUAUUGCUUGUUCUACAAAUGCACUAGUGAAGAAAAUAACAAACUACACAACCCUACCACCAAUAGCCCAGUGGAAUGAUCAGAAAUUGAAGUAUGAACUUCUUCCGGAUGGAAUACCCCUAUCGAUUGCCAGCCAAGGAGGAUUAACAUAUUUUCGGGAAUCAAUGGUGAAAGAGGGAAGUUUCAUACCUGUCCCUGAUCUAAGGGACCCAUUGUCAUAUAAAUCAUUUUUGCCACGAUCUCUGGCAUCAAAAGUCCCAUUUUCCUUUGCUCGGAUCAAGGAUUUGAAGAAGCUUUUUGGUGUGGUGGAUGAAUCAGAGAUGGAUGAAUAUAUUCGAGGGACCCUCAAUAUAUGUCAGAAAAUCCCAGCACGAGGUGAGCAGUGCACCUGUGUGACUUCUGUCGAGGAUCUAAUUGAUUUUGUUGUAAAAAAAUUAGGGCACUAUGUUCAUGGAUGGAGUACUGAGAAUGUUGAAGGAUCUUAUGAGAAUGUCACAAUUGGAGCUGUGAAACUCAUCUAUGGAAACCUCUCUGAACCACCAGCUUUAUGUCAUAGUUUGCCAUUCCUAUUUCAAGUCUACUACUGCCAUGUUUUUCAAAAAGUAAAAUUAUACGCAGUUGAUAUACAUGCUCAGAGGAAAAUAAAUCAUGCGAUCAUGGCAUGCCAUUAUGACACAUCAACUUGGGAUCCAAAUCAUCUUGCUUUUAAGCUGUUGGGUUUUGGUCCAGGAAAAAUUGAAGUCUGCCAUUGGAUAAAUGAGAAUGGAGUGGUUUGGACAAAGACUCUAGGCUGAACACCAUUCGAAGAUUUGAUUAUCUUCUAGUUCUCUUGUUUGUAAUACAUGUUACUUCUUAUACUAUUUUAAGGAUAAAUAAUGAACUUAUUUGGACUUGCUUAUUAUGUC